AUGGAAAAGAUGGUAGAGGAUCUAAAUACAGCAACUCAAUUCUGGGUUUCGUGUUUGAUAUCUUUCAAUAAUGUCUCGGCUUCUCUCCAAGCUCUCUCCACUUGUAAGGCAUGGUUUAUUUUAGAAAUGCACAAGAGCAGGAGCGUUCGUUCGUUUUCAUCGAGCAAGACAGGCCCGUUUAUUCUGUUUAACGCAACUGCGAAACCGCUGCCGGAAGGCGGCAACAUCGGAGAAGUGGUUGUGUUCGACAUGGCCAAAGCAGAGUUACUCGAACUCACGGAAAAAACAAUCCCGGGAGAAAUAGUUUCGGCCAAAGGCCUCGGAGCUUCCAAGGGGUGGGGGAUUUUCAGUGACCCGCAAGAUCGCUGCGUACUCAUCACGGACUUCAUGAACCCUUGGUCUUGCAAAUCGAACCCGAAGCUCUUCACACUGCCUCCGCUUACUCCUCUGCCCCUUUGCCAAACCGAUGUCGUAUGGAGCGUGGCAAUGUCCUCUUGUCCUGAUGAUGACCAAGACUGGGUUGUUGGCAUCAAGUCCUUGGGUGACCAGCUCAGUUUCUGUAGGCCCCGCCGUGACUUGCGCUGGACUAAGAUCCAAACGCCUCGUGGCCACUUUCCAACCUCAAAUCUAAUGUAUUCCAAGAGAGAUGGGCGGUUCUACUUGCCUGCUCUUGGAGGCCACCACUUGUUGUCCUAUGAUCUCCACUUGGACAAGCCUGAGUUCCAUGAGCUGCAGUUUCGAGACUUUCCAGAGUCACUCGAGCCUGAGUUGGAUCUGUCGGAGCUGAUUUCUUCUUCUUCCAGGACGGAACACCUCGUGGAGUCACCCUCCGGAGAUGAACGUUUUCUCAUCAAAUGGUACGCCAACAGCUGUUUGGCUUCGAAAAAAGUCUCAUAUGAAACGCAGCUGUUCAUGGUGUUUAGAGAAGAGGAGACGACAGAGGGAAGAUUAAUGUGUUACACUGAUGACAUUGGAGAUCUAUGCAUCUUCAUUUCAAAGGGCGAGGCCUUUUGCGUCCCGGCAAGCUCUUUCCCUGGACUCCAACCAAACUCCAUCUAUUUUAUAGGCUUUGGCUUUGGCGUUCACGAUCUUACCACCAGAACCACCACUACUUUACAAGGUCCCAAAGAUUCACUGGAUCAGGUUCUGGUCCCUUACUGGUUUCCUCCAUCUUCUAGCUAG